GGUCACAAUUGCAAGAUGAAGGUUUUCAUUAUAUUAACAUGUGUAACAUACACACUGGCGGCGUCGGUGAAGCAGCAUUCCCUAAGCAAACGCCAGGCUGAAUAUACGCCUCCCCUCCUCUCCAACGUCGCCGACAUAUUCGGCAAAAACUUCCCCUUCCAAAACAGCGUCGGCCUCAACAACCAAGACCCACUCCUUCCUUCUGUCGGCAACACACCCUUCAACCCCUUCGGUCCGAACUUCCCAUUUGGAAAUCCUGCACAACAGAACGUUCCUUACAACAGCGGUAAUAACAACCACUACAACAAUUUCUACAACCACCUCGACACCCACUUUCCCAACGCCAACAGCAAAUGUGUCAAGGCGUACAACAUUGAAGCUGAUCUCGUCGUUCUUUCUGACAGCACGGAAGGAUACCCUAUUGAUGCCAUUAACAUUGAGAGAUCCCAGCGUCAGGACCUGCCCAUCUACCUACCCCCAGUCCUCGCUGAGACCACCAGCGGCGUGUUUGACGUAGACUACUCCUAUUCGUGCCCAACUAUCAAGAAGCGACUGAGGAGCUUCGACAGGUACGGCGGUCGUUGUUGGGUGCUGUCUGACCUGCAGGAGGUUGACUACGGAUAUUGCGCCUACAACUACUGUAACAGCCACCACCACGGCAACGCCUUCCAGUCCCGCAACAUGUGCAUUGAGUCUUACGACAUCGUGUACGUCUGGGCCUACUGUGACAAUUACGAAAUCGCGGCGGUGAGGAUCAGAGAGGAAGCAAUCCGUGUCCCCAAAUACUGCUCCUGUAAAAAUGUCAGAUGUGCCUGAGAAGCCAGGUCUACCAACAAUCAAAGUAGUAAUAGAACCCUUG